AUGUUUACACGAUUGUGGUCUAACAACAAUGUGAAAUCUACUAAAGCAGGAGAGGUAUUCUAUGAAUUUCUUGAGGAAGAGAAUUUGUAUCAGUUAGUUCGAGGAGUGACAACAAAUGUUUCUGGUACUUGUUUAGAUUUAAUUAUUGUAGAAAGUACUUCAUUUGUACCUGAUAUAGCUGUACGACCACCUUUGGACCGAAGUGAUCAUAACUUUAUUGAGUUUAAAAUUCAAAUACUAUCUUCAAAAGAGAAAAUAAAACGUACAGUUUACGAUUAUAACGCAGUUGACUGGGAGAAACAGUACGAAAAAGCAGCAGAAGAGUUUAAGGCAGCUUGUAUUACUACCAAAGAAGAUUACUAUAAAAAGAUAAAUUCAAGAGUGUGUGCUUCUUCAAAGAAUUGGUGGAGCUUAGUCAAAAAUACAUUAGGUAGAACACGUACGACUGUUAUUCCAGCAUUAUUAAACAGUAUGAAUAAAAUAGUGGUCGAUACACGUGAAAAGAUUGAAACUUUAAAUGAAUAUUUUGCUGAAGUUUGUACGUGGAGAGGGCCAAUAAUUGAUUCAAAAAUAGCUGACUGUUUACCUGAAUCCAAAGUUUCAAUUAAUAAAUUUACAGUAGUGCAACCUGAGGUAGAAAAGAUCUUACGUAGUUUGGAUCACAAUCGUGCAUGUGCGCCGGAAAUUACUAAUCGUAUGAUUAAAAAUAUGGCACCGUCUAUUGUUAAAUCUGUUUGUAAAUUAAUCUAUGAGUCUUUUGAGACCUCAGUUUUUCCUGAAAUAUGA